CGAUGUUUGACGAUGAUGUUGGAACACUGUAGUAUACCUUGUGCGUUGUGCGGCGUGUGUCUUGUGCCGCUGAUAAGUGAGGUUAAUUGCUUACGUGUCAAACUUUGUCAAACAUCAAGUUAAAGCACAAUAAUUAUAGAAUAUUAUGUUAGAAAUAACAAUUAGAACAGCACGAAAAAACAAUGGCAAGUGAAUCUGGGGAUGUACUGGUGACGGGCGGUGCUGGUUACAUCGGUUCUCAUACUGUAUUAGAACUAAUACAAGCAGAUUUUAGGGUGGUGGUAAUAGACAACUGUAGUAAUGCUUAUAAAGGAAACAAUGAUACAAAACCAGAAUGUUUGUUGAGAGUUGAAAAAUUAACAAACAAAAAAAUUACAUUUAUUGGUUGUGAUAUAACAAAUGUAAAUGAAUUGAGAGAUGUAUUUAAAAAGUAUACUUUUUAUUGUGUCAUACAUUUUGCUGCUUUGAAAGCUGUGGGUGAAUCUUGUGCAAAACCACUAGAAUACUACAAAACAAAUGUCACUGGAACCUUAAAUCUGUUAGAAGUUAUGACAGAGUACAAUGUAAAGCACUUAAUUUAUUCAAGUAGUGCCACUGUUUAUGGAACUCCUGAAAAACUCCCAUUAGUCGAAGAUAUGAUUACUGGAAAUUGUACAAAUCCAUAUGGAAAGACAAAAUACAUGGUUGAAGAAAUUUUAAAAGACUUAUGUAGUUCAGAUAAGGCAUGGUCUGUUAUAUCUCUAAGAUAUUUCAAUCCAGUUGGAGCUCAUCCUUCCGGGCAAAUAGGAGAAAAUCCAAAUGGUAUACCAAAUAAUUUAAUGCCAUACAUUGCUCAAGUAUCCGUCGGGAAAAGAGAAAUGCUGUAUGUUUAUGGCAAUGAUUACGAUACCCCUGACGGAACAGGUGUUCGCGAUUAUAUUCAUAUCAUGGACUUGGCACUAGGUCACGUGAAAGCAAUGAUUUAUCAAAAAUCUCGAAAUCCAACUGGGUUUAAAGCAAUCAAUUUAGGUACCGGAAAGGGUUAUUCGGUACUUGAAGUUAUACGUGCAUUUGAAAAGGCAUCGGGUCGAAAAAUACCAUACAAGAUAGUUGAACGUAGACCAGGAGAUAUAUCUGCCAGUUAUGCAGAUGCUAGUAUAGCUAAAAAGGAAUUAAAUUGGCAAGCCAGUAGAAAUAUAGAUGAUAUGUGUAUAGAUACGUGGAAAUGGCAACAGAGUAAUCCGAAUGGUUAUGAAUCUUAGUAGUAAUUUUUUAAAUGUUUUAUGGUUAAAGUUUCUUAAAAAUUCUGACGAACUUUAAUUUUGUUUUUUGUUAUUCAAGUAUAAGCCAUGGUGGUGACUAGUUACCAAAGUUAAGACCAAAACACACAUAGAUGUAUAUCCAUAUAUAUAUAUUUAUUUAACACUAAGUACAUUCAGCAUUUUCUAUGUUCAAAAUCGUUUUUAGAGGACAUAACGAAUAUAUAUAUAAUAAAUAUAUUUCAGCUGUUCACCCUAUUGUAUUUUUAUAAGGAAUUGUAAACCAUGUAUUAAAUUAUUGUGCCAUAUA